AUGUCACCAAAGACUAAGACUAAUGAUACUGAUGAUGUAUUAGACUUCAUUAAUUCAUUACCAGACUCCAAAUCAGGUACUCCUAAACCCAAAGAAACUAGUAAUAAUGAUGUGAAUGAUAAGGAUGAAGACUUCCUCGAAUUCUUGGAUGAAUUGGCAGCGCAUGAAAAAUCGAAGCCUUCUACUCCAAAACCAAACAGUAAAUUUGAACCAAAGAAAAAAGGCGAAUUGAGUGAAAAAGAGUCAAAAUCUCUGCUGAAGGAGGAAAAGGAAUCACCGGCAAAGAAGGAGUUGGCUGAAAGCUCUGACAACGUAAAGGAAGGCGAAUCAGAACAGAAAAAGGAGAUUACAACAGGUGAUGCAGAUCUGAAUAAGACAGAAGAAAUUGAUCCAAUCGGUUCAAUUUCCACAUGGUGGAACAAUGAGGGUUCAAACAAGGUUUCAUCAUUCUGGGGAUCGAUUACAUCAAAUGCUCAGAGCAUCAGUGAACAAACAUAUCACUUGGCAUCAACAACAUCCAACCAAAUAAGUCAACAAAGACAAAAGCUUAUUGAAAAUUCUGAUCAUGAGCAGAUUAUAAAUAUCAGCUCGAAAUUAAAUUCAAUGUUAUUAAAUAUGUCACAGCAAAUUACCCAAGGUCUUAUGUCUGAUACUGAUGAAUUAUUGAAUAUCUUAUUAAUUUAUGAUUUAUAUAACAUAAACUACUUGGAUAGAUUAUGUUAUGACAAAUUUAACCAAGUUAUGAACCAAGUUGAAGGCGGAAUUAAUGUUAGUGUCAAUAACUUCAAUCAUAAAGAUGAAUUGAACAAAGACAGAGUUGAUUUAAAUCUCUUUUAUGGUAAGAUAAUUGACGGCGAAAAGUUGUGUUUAGCCAACUUAGAAAGCUCGGUCAAGGAUUAUUUAAAGAUUACAAAGUUGUCAGAAGAAGAAGACAAGAAAUCUUCUGAACCCGACCAAAAUAAAAAGUCUGAAGACAAAGAUGAAAAAGAAACAAAAGACUCUAAAGAUGAAAUUGAUAAGAUCAAUAAGUCUAACAUAUUUAUUUCAAUACAACCAAUAACUAGUAGGAGUAACCAAGAUGAAACUAAUCCUAUUGAUAAUGAAGAAGAUCUGGGCCCAAUAUUAAUUGAGUCCAAUAAUUCUGACUCAUUUUCAUUUACAAUAAUUUUGAAAGAUAUUACAAACAAUAUAACAAUUAUUACAAAGACGCAGCCAUUCCCAUUAAAAUGGGCCAAAUGGUUAAGUGGUGAGCUGUCUCAAGAAUUCAAAGAGUUUGAUGAUAUUGAUCCAAGCGAAUGGGUCAAAAACUGGAUCAAAGACGGGUUAUCUUUGAGUUUUGGUGUCUUGGCUCAAGAAUAUGUAAUCAAGAGAAUGGGUUUCUAA